CAUUCGCACAUAUGUAUAUAAUUACGCAAACAUUGCUAAUGACGUGUAAACUGUGACUUAUUUAAUUUAACAUUAACACAAUUUUAGGAAAAUCUAUAUUUAAAAUAUAACAUUGCGUCUAUUGUAAAAGGUUCGUUUCUAAACAUCACAUGGUAUUGCAUGGUUUACUUGAAAGAUUCGGUGUAAUGUCAUUCUGCCAAAUAACCUUUUCAAAAACAAAUGUUGUCAGCCGAACAAAAUGAUAGUGUGAAAUAUUUUAAUGAAAAAUUAUUCUGAUACGUAUUUUCAAGAGAUUCUCAAUCUACGAACAUUUUAAUUAGUCAGAAAAAAUUUGAAUAAUCGUGAAAUUACAGAAAUACCUAAAGCAUUCAAAUUUAUAAUAAUUGUUUAUUGAUCAUGUUACAUUGCAUUAUACUAUGAAGAGUAUAUUUUUUUUAAUCAUUUUGCAAGUAUCUUACGUAUUGCCAUUGAAGGAAAAGUUGUUACAUUACAUAUCCGACGAAGUUGUUGCAGGUUCUUAUAAAUAUUACAGUUUAACGUACGAUGGAUUUAUCAAAAUAAUAUUAACAUCCGAAACUGGCGAUGCGGAUAUAUAUGCUUCCCAAUUUACAACCAAACCAACAUACAAGCCUGAUCAAUAUUGUCUUCAAUCUGCUACAUGUGGCGAGGACAUAAUUCUUAUUCCUGACAGUUUUAAAAGACCAGUUAGCAUAGGAGUUUACGGACAUCCAUCUCAUGAAGUUAGCGAAUAUAUUCUGUUAGUAUAUGAAUCAACAAAUACAGAAAAUAUCUUUUAUGAUAGGAGGUCGGAUGAUGUUCAUGAGGACUAUAAUGAUAAGGACCAAACCACAUCGAUUUCAACAUUCAUUACGUGGUAUCUUUUAGAUAUACUGCUUCAAAUUUUGUUUUGAUAUAUAAAAUAGCAUAGUAGCCAAUUUAAUAAAUAAUCAUGCUGGAAUACGAGACUCAAAUGUUUUUGGAAAUACUCCAUGAAGAUGGCCUCGUUGUUGCUGCAAAGGGACUGGGUAUAGAAAUUGUGUUUGCGAAUUUGCUAAGAGCACAUAUCGAUCCAGGAAACUUGAUCAUAGUUCUAGGGACUACACACCACGAUGAACAGUAUUUUAUUGACUUAUUAAGAAAAUUAGGAGUGAAACAAUUACCCCGCAGUGUAACUUCGGAAUGUCCUUCCGACGAAAGGGAAUUGAUGUACCUAGAAGGCGGGGCCUUGUUUCUGUCAGGCCCGAUCCUUGUGGUAGAUUUGUUAAAAAAUAGAAUUCCGUUAAAUUUAGUUACUGGAAUUCUUGUAUAUAGAGCACAUAAUAUUCUAACUUCAUAUCAAGAGGCAUUUGCUCUACGUUUGUAUCGUCAACAUAAUAAAACAGGUUUCAUCAAAGCGUUUACUUCCUCUGCAUUAGCAUUCACUGUUGGAUUUAUGCGGAUAGAAAGAGUAAUGAAAGCUUUAUUUGUAAAAAAAUUAUUUCUGUGGCCUCGUUUUCAUUCACUUGUAAAUAAUAGUUUAGGAAAGCACAAGCCCGAGGUGAUUGAGUUACAUGCGAAAAUCACACCGAAAAUGUUGAAUAUACAAACUUGUUUAUUCGAUGUGAUGAAUUAUGUCAUAAAAGAAUUGAAAAGGCUUAAUAAAUAUGUGGAUUUAGAAGAAUUGAACACUGAAAAUGCGAUUGCUAGAAAGUUUCACAAGCAGUUACAGUCACAGUUAGAUCCUAUGUGGCAUCAGCUUAGUUCAACUACAAAACAAUUACUAUCCGAUUUAAAAACAUUAAGAGCUCUCCUCGCUUGUUUGACAUACGAGGAUUGUGUGUCGUUUUAUUCGAUGUUGAAUCGUUUGCGCACAAUGGAAUACGCUGUAAAAAACAGUGGUUGGUUAAUGUUAGAUUCUGUGGAUACACUAUUCAAAAAUGCAAAGGACAGGGUUUACAAUGAAAAAACUGGCGAAUUAAAACCGGAGCCGAAUCCUAAAUGGAUCGCUUUGACAGAAAUAUUAAUGGAAAUUCAACAUCAAAAUAAAGAGAGAAAAGAUAAAGAAGAUGUUGAAAAAAUUCUUAUUAUAACACACAAUCGUAAUAUAUGUUACCAGUUAAGAAAUUACUUAACCAUGGGCGCCAACGAGUAUUUACUUUAUGAGGCUUUGAAGAAACUUUCUCAUAAAGAGAUACAGCAAACAAGUGAAAAAAGUGCUGAAAAAGAAUCCUCUUCGGAAGAGAAAAGUAACGAUAAUACAGACGAGGAUGAACAAGACAUGUACAUGUUAACGUUAUCUCAAAAUGUUUCUCAAGAAAGUGAACCUACUUCAACGGAAGAGAAAGAUAAACACCAAACUUUAUUUGAGGAAUGCUCACAAAUGGGAGAAUUAGAUUUAACGAAUAUAACAACGGAUACACCUAUCAUUUUAAUACAAUCUUUGAAGAAAGCCGGAGACCCGAUGUCUUUACAACGUACUUUGGCAGAACAUAUGCCAAGAAAUAUUAUUAUGUACGUGGCUGAUAUUUCCGCUGUGCGGCAAAUCGAAGUUUAUCAAAAUAGUAACCCGUCGAUAGAUUUGAAAGUAUACUUUUUAAUCUAUGGAGGUUCUGCGGAAGAACAAGAAUAUCUUACGUCGCUUAGGCAAGAGAAAGAAGCAUUUCACACAUUGAUCAAUGCAAAAACUACGAUGGUUUUCCCUGACGAGCAAGAUUACUUGAAUCUUGCGGUGCAGACAAAUUCGGAAACUGAAGAGAAUACGCGUAAAGGUGGAUUACCUUCGACUGAAGUUGUUAACACCGUAAUAGUCGAUAUGCGGGAAUUCAGAAGUGAACUUCCUGCUAUACUUCAUACGAGAGGCAUCAAAAUAGAACCUGUAACAUUACAGGUUGGCGAUUACAUUCUGUCCCCAGAAAUGUGCGUAGAAAGGAAAAGUAUUUCUGAUUUAAUUGGCUCAUUAAAUAGCGGAAGAUUAUACAACCAGGCUGUUUCCAUGACGAGACAUUACACCAAACCAAUGCUUUUAAUAGAAUUUGAUCCAAACAAACCAUUUUGUUUUCAGGGACAUUAUUAUGCUAGUAAAGAUGUACAAAACAUGUUUAUAACUUCUAAACUACAACUGCUGACUUUACAUUUUCCACGAUUAAAGCUUGUAUGGUCGCCUGGUCCUCACGCAACAGCGCAAUUAUUUGAAGAAUUGAAGCUAGGAAAAUGCCAACCAGAUGCAAUUAAAGCUGCCCAGAUUGGAAUCGAGGAUAGUAAGCAUAUGGAACUAGAAAAAUUUAACGCCCGUAUUCAAGAUUUUAUCGCUAGAUUACCAGGAGUAACUACCAAAAAUUUAUAUUCAAUUUUGAACAAUGGACAAUCGUUAGAUCAUCUUAACAAACUUACAAAAGAAGAACUUACGGAGAUGAUAGGGAACAAGAAUGAAGCGCGAAUGUUGUACAGUGCUCUUCACGAGAAAAGUUCUCCUCCCGAAGAAAAAUCGAAGGGUUCCGGUAAAAAGACAACGUCUAGCAGAGGGCGUGGAAAAAGACUGUUUUCUAAGAUCAAGCAAUGAUACGAUACAUUUCCCUUAAAGGUAUUAGUUAUUCAAGUUAUACUUUACACUUAUUUAUAAUUUGUAGGCAGUGUGCACUAUUUAGAAAGUUAUGUGAUAUCAAAAAUAUUUUGCGUGUACAAGUCUUCAUAAAAAAUAAAUAAUGUUUUCUAUGAAUUACAAUUGUUGGUACAAAGUUAAAAUGGGAUAGUGAAACUAUAAAGCGUAACACAUUUAUACAUUAAUGUAAAAUACAGUGUUAUUCUCAGUUUUUCCUUUGUGUUUCAUUGCUCUUGCACGGCGGAAGAUCUCAUUAGAUACAGUAUGCUCUCGUUUAAGAUAACUUGCAAUAAUGAUAUACAAUUUUCCGAAAUCAGUAAGCCGGUUUCGAUUUGCUUUGUCUGAAUUAUGCUGCAAAUGCAAAAUAACAAAUGUACUUGCGUGCAAAGAUAUACGCUUUUCAGUUUCGGGUUAUUCAGAAAAUUAGUUAACGUACUUAGCAAUAUCCAAGUUAUUACAUUUCUGGGCAAUUUCGAUUUUUCCGACAGCUUUUAAUGAUAUUUCAUGUGCAAUUUCUAAUAUUUUGUGUAUAAUUUCACGAGUGCUGGUCGAUAUGUGUUUCAAACAAAACUAAAAAGUAAUGUAUUUAAUAGAUAUUGUUAUCUCUCAUUUCUGUCACAAAUCUACACAUUAUUUUUACGUCAACCCACUUUGUUGUCUUUAUAGCAAAAUAUAUAAGCCAGAAUUAUUUUAGAAAUUUCCGAAAUGAACAUUGAUUUUUCUUCUGUGCCCAUUUCACUUGGAUGAAAUUGCAGUAACAACCGACGAAGCAUAGCUUCAGUUGUACUUUCAUAGCUACGUUUUGGAAUUAAAUGAAUUUCUUCAUAGAUAUGCAUAUCCAUAUCUACAAGAAACAUGCAAUGAAAUUAUACACCAUUAUUGAUAAAUCUAAAUAAUUUAGCAUCCUCACGUACGUGUCAUAUAAUCAGAUGAAAGACAAUAAAAACCAUUUAAAUAUCGUUCUGCCAUCAAAACCGAAGCUGUAUCUCGAAGAUCUAUUUUAUCUACUAUAUUAUCAAGCCACGAUAUAAUGGAAUAAAAAUCGAAGCCACCAUCAAUAUAUUUCACGUCUUCUCCUUCCACGUAUAACGAUGGCUCGUGUUUCUGAAACAGAUAGCAUAGUAUUUAUGAAGUAACGAAUAAGGUGAAAUACACAUUCGGUUAUAACAUAAUUCAUAAAAUAAAAGCAAUAGUUUAAAUCAAUAAUAAUUAUUUCUACUGACAAGAAAAAUUUUUGAUUCUAUCUCCAUCUUAGGUUCAUCUCCGAAAAGAUAUUCGCCACAGUCUGAAAUUAUUAUUUCUUUCGAAGGACGUUCAUAGUAUGUUGAUAUAUUUUCUAAUGUUUCCAACGUUUUAGCUCCAUCCACGAGUUGUCUUUACAAAACAAGUAAAUUAUAACGAUUCAAUCUUACCAUUAAUUAAUACCUGAAAAAUCUAUUUUUAAUGAAUAGUAGUUUUCUCUUUACUUACCCGAAAGCAACGUAGUAAUAAUUCAUCCAUGGAUUAGGCUUUAAGCAUACAAAGAAUUGAGAUCCAUUGCAAUGUUUUCCAUCAUUUAUCAGUGAAAGGACUCCGCGACGGUUAUGAGGAAUGCAAUAAGAUUCGCCAGGUAUUGUAAUAGUGUCGUAUAUAGGGCUUUUAUUGAUUUUAAAUAACAUAACGGUUUCUAUGAAUACAAAUUUAUAGAGAAAUAAAAAGCAGCUACGGUACUUUUAAUACUCACGUCGUAUUUUCACAUUUCAGUUUGCUUCCACAUUGAAUCCACCCAUUUUUUACUAUGCGAUGUACACACAUGUUUAUGUAAUAAGACUGUUUAUAACACUUUGUUACAGCAUCGUAUCCAGUACAAAGAUUUAAAAAAUAUUGGCAAGUCAAUGGUAACAAAUCAGAGUACAACUAAAGCGUGAUAAAAAGUAAUUUUUCAGAUAACAUUUUUAAUUAAUUAAUUAAUAAAACAAAUAUGAAUUCUUACCAUAAACAUAAAAGAACCGAUUGUACAACCGUUUACAGUAAAUGUAAAAUACACGUAUUUUCUCUACAAAGUGUAUCAAGUAUUGUAUUACUGUACAGCUUACAGAUUAUUAAUCUAUGUAUCAUUAACCAUUUGCUUACCUUCGAUUUCUCCAUAAAUAAUUUACACUGUUCCAUGGCAAGGUUUUCAUAAUAUUCCAUGCCAACAGGUAAACUAAAAAUAUAGGAUUCACUUAUAUACCGUAAAAGUUCGUCAUCGCUACCGAGGAAUUUAUCAUCUAUAAAGACUGCAACGGUUCGCUUCAGCGACCACAUUUUACCACCAACUUUCUAAAAGUUAUUAAUAUACUCAUACCAAUCGACUUGAAACAUUUCUAUAAUUUGCGGAGUUGCAAAUUUAAAUGUUAAAUGCUGAUACAACUUUUCGGCGCAUAUUCGAGCUUUCUGGAAAGCAAUACUGUUUAUAAUACCUACUACUUUCAAUCUAAUAGUAUCGUUUCGAAAAAAAUUCGAGUAACAGUAUGCUUUAGCUUUAUUUUCCAUCGUUCCGAUUUCAUUCAUUGCAAUUAUUUCCUUUUAGAAUGUUAUUUAAAGAAUAACUUAUUCCAAGAAACAGUGUGACUAUAUAUGUCAUUGUUUGUACAUAUGGAAUAAAAUGAUAAAAAGAUAAA